GAUUUAAGAGUACAGCAGAAAAUGUCCACCAAGCAGACUUCUUGGACGAGCCUGUCCACCAUUCAGAAAGUCGCACUGGGCCUCGGGGUCCCUGCCAGCGCCGCCGUGGCCUACAUCCUGUACCGGCGGUACAGGGAAAGCAGGGAAGAGCGGCUGACAUUCGUUGGGGAGGACGACAUCGAGAUAGAGAUGCGGGUUCCCCAGGAGGCUGUGAAGCUCAUCAUCGGCCGGCAGGGAGCCAAUAUUAAACAGCUGCGGAAGCAGACAGGCGCUCGGAUCGAUGUGGACACGGAGGACAUAGGCGAAGAGCGAGUGCUGCUCAUCAGUGGCUUUCCCGUUCAGGUGUGCAAGGCCAAAGCGGCGAUCCACCAGAUCCUGACGGAGAACACCCCAGUGUCUGAGCAGCUCUCGGUGCCCCAGAGGGCUGUGGGCAGAAUCAUAGGGAGAGGCGGCGAGACAAUUCGUUCUAUCUGCAAGGCCUCAGGAGCCAAAAUUACCUGUGACAAAGAGUCGGAGGGGACAUUACUGCUGUCGAGACUUAUCAAAAUCUCAGGAACACAGAAGGAAGUGGCAACAGCCAAGCAUUUGAUCCUGGAGAAGGUGUCAGAAGACGAAGAACUUCGGAAGAGAAUCGUGCAUUCUGCAGAAGCCAGGAUUCCACGCAAGCAGCCGAUCAGCGUGAGAAGGGAGGAGAUGACAGAGUCGGGCGGCGCUGGGGAGCCAGCUUUAUGGAGAAAUGCCAGCUGUGGUGGCAGGCAGGCUGCACCCCUGGCGGUCCCUCCCCGCAAGGGAGGUGGCGACCCGGCUGUGGUGGGACCAAAAGAAGGUUCCUGGGAAGAACCCGAUAACAGCUUUCAGAAGUCUGGAGCCCAGACCAGCCCAGAGAAGUCCAUUUUUGAAAUCCCCAGUCCGGACUUCAGUUUCCAUGCCGAUGAGUACCUGGAGGUCUAUGUGUCUGCAUCUGAACACCCCAACCACUUCUGGAUCCAGAUCGUUGGCUCCCGCAGCCUGCAGCUCGAUAAACUCGUGAGCGAGAUGACCCAGCACUACGAGAACAGUCCACCGGAAGACUUGACCGUGCACGCAGGAGACAUUGUAGCUGCGCCCUUAUCUGCCAACGGCUCCUGGUAUCGAGCGCGGGUCCUUGGCACGUUGGAGAAUGGGAACCUGGACCUCUAUUUCGUUGACUUUGGAGAUAAUGGAGAUUGCCCACUGGGGGACCUCAGGGCUCUCAGGAGUGACUUCCUCAGCCUUCCAUUUCAAGCAAUAGAAUGUAGUCUGGCGCGGAUCGCCCCUUCAGGUGAGCAGUGGGAAGAGGAAGCUCUAGAUGAGUUUGAAAGACUCACCUACUGCGCCGACUGGAAGCCACUGGUGGCCAGGAUCUCUAGCUAUGUCCAGACUGGGAUCUCCACUUGGCCAAAGAUCUACUUAUACGAUACCAUCAAUGGGCAGAAGCUGGAUAUUGGGCUAGAAUUAGUUCGAAAAGGGUAUGCCAUUGAGCUUCCGGAAGACAUGGAAGAAAGCGGAGCUGUCCCGGGCAUGCUGAAGGACAUGGCCACAGAAACAGAUGCUUCUCUCGCCAGCCUGCUGACUGAGCCCAAAAAGAGCCCUGGAGAGAUGGCACAUACCCUGUCCUGCCUCAGCUUAUCAGAAGCUGCCUCUAUGUCUGGUGAUGAAAACCUCGAAGACGACUACUUACUCUGAAGCCUGGGCUUCCGCCUGCUUUGCUGACCUGGCACAGGAGUUGCUUCCUGGAGAGAAGUCUGAUAAAGAGAUACAUGCAGUCCUUCCUUUAUUACACACUUUGUUACUGUCUGGCUAGCUGUGGACCAAAUCCCUUUUCACCUUGGGGCCAGAGGAAGACAAAUACUUUCCCUUCCCAUGUCGCCCACCCCAACCCCUCCUGCGUCUUCCCAGAACCCUGCUGUUAGGCUCUGCCAACUCAGGCUCCCCUCGGCUCGUGCCCGUCACAACGCAGACUCCUAGGCCGUGACCUUUCUGAGGCUGGGAAAUAGCCGUGCGUUGGUUACUGGGAGCAGUGAUGACUGCAGACUUGUGACUCCCCUCCCUGGGUCCCUCUUGCUAAGGGAAGCAUUAGAGUACUGGACUCAAAGACAAGCUGAGCCAGGAAGAAAAGGCAAAAAUUAGCAUAGAUCUAUUAAAAAGCCUUGGGAGGUAGGACGAGAGGCCACCUCCCCUCUCCCACUGCCGAUGUGUUCUUGGAGACAGGAUUCUGAAACCGUGCUCCAGCUAUUUCUUGUAAACUUUAGUUAAAAAUGAAGAGAGGUGGCUUGGGAAGUAUUCUCAGUUGCUGGUAUAUUAUAUGUGUGAAAUACACUGAAAGAACGUACACAUUUGGGUUACAAUCAUUUGAGGGAUUCUUUGCUAAAUAAAAUUCUGAGUU